GCCGUCGUCUGCUGUCAGUUGCUUAGUGACUGAAAGCUCCACUUAUGGUUUCCUGUAUUUAAAAAAAAAAAUCUCCGGAUUAAGCUAGCUUCGAACUUUAACCAACACAUUUCACAUGUUUUCAUUGGCUUUCCAGCUCCGUUAUGCGCCUAAUAAACACGUCUCCUCAUAUCGGGAAUGCUGUUUAAAACCCGUGUAGUCCAGCCCGGUGAUGAAGACUCCUAAAGAAAGAUGGAUAAUUAUGUUUUCAUCAGGGUGGUGGGGAAAGGGAGCUACGGAGAGGUGAACUUGGUGAAGCACAGAACAGACCGAAAACAGUAUGUCAUCAAAAAGCUCAAUUUAACCACCUCUUCCAAACGGGAACGUCGUGCUGCAGAGCAGGAGGCCCAGCUUCUAUCCCAGCUCCGACAUCCCAACAUCGUCACAUACAGGGAGUCCUGGGAAGGAGCUGACCUCCAGCUGUACAUCGUGAUGGGCUUCUGCGAAGGCGGCGACCUCUAUCACAGACUCAAACAGCAAAAGGGAGAGCUCCUACCUGAGAGACAGGUGGUAGAGUGGUUUGUCCAGAUUGCCAUGGCACUCCAGUACCUGCACGAAAGGAAUAUUCUUCAUCGGGAUCUUAAAACACAGAAUAUCUUCCUGACAAAGACAAACAUUAUCAAAGUCGGGGACCUUGGCAUCGCACGGGUGUUGGAGAACCAGAAUGACAUGGCCAGCACGCUUAUAGGGACCCCUUACUACAUGAGCCCAGAGCUCUUUUCUAAUAAACCCUAUAACUACAAGUCCGAUGUAUGGGCCUUGGGUUGCUGUGUGUAUGAGAUGUCCACACUUAAGCACGCGUUCAAUGCCAAAGAUAUGAACUCGCUGGUGUAUCGCAUUGUAGAAGGAAAGCUGCCACAGAUGCCAAGUAAAUAUGACCCUCAGCUGGGAGAGCUGAUCAAGAGCAUGUUGUGUAAGCGGCCCGAGGACAGGCCUGAUGUCAAACUUAUCCUGCGGCACCCUUACAUCAAACGACAAAUCGCCAUGUUCCUGGAAGCCACCAAAGAAAAAACUGCCAAGUCGAGAAAGAAAGCUGUCAGCGACAUAAGAAACAACAAUGCAACCAACGUGGUGCCCCCUCAGCCAAAACCCGAGCGAUUACCUCCAAAUCCUAAGCCAGAACCUCUUCCCAGGUUGAAACAGAAAGAGAAAUUCCAGCACCACAAGAAUCUAAAUGGUCCAACAGGUGGCAACCCAGUCCAGAUCCCUCCAACACCUCAUAAACCCUCCUCACCUGACGUUCUCAAAAGCAACAUCACAUCCUUGGCAACUGUAAGCAACAUCCAGAUCGACAUGCGUCCACAGGAGGACGCAGACGUGCGAAAGAGGCAGCUGGAUGCACCCCAGGUCGGGAAAAAAGAGGCCUCUCUACCUCCGACACACAAUAAACCCCCACUGAAGUGUGUAUCAGACAGAAGGCGAGGAGAUGAAAGAAAAGAUUCCAACGGAUUUGAACACAUUCAUCCACUUAAGGACACAUUUUCCGUCUCUGAGAAAAAGGCGGCAGAUGAUGAAAAAGACGACACCGUGGAGCUCCUUAAAGAGGCUAACAUGCCGAAUCCAAAACUAGAUGAGGAGCAAGAAGACAGCAGAUCUUUACGUACAAUCAGUGUGGAAAACACUGUGGGGGAUAUGGUUCAUAAAAAUGGGAAGAGAUCUCCAGCACAACAUGCACACGUACAAGAAAGUUUGGAGUCCACAGACAAGCUGCUUGAAGCAUUACCUCCAACUCUGGAACCUAUUGAAGAGGAGUCUCCCUUCCAAAUCAACACACCAGAUCUAACCCCAGUUGCGGCUACCUUAGAAUCCGCCCCUGAACAUCAGCACAGUGGGAGGAAGACACCGCAGACAAACGGCAACCAGGAGAUGACUAAAGUGGCAGCUUGCAGACCUUUGCCUCCACUUCCUGUUGAAGCUGGAGCAGAGGCAAGGAAGAGAAACAAAGACACAGACGGCAAGAAAACUAACGUGAAUGUAACCUCAAAGUCUGUUCAUUCUUCAGGGGACGGACACUUUCAUAUGCCACAGGAGCGUCCUUUAUCCGCCAGAGAGAGACGGCGACUGAGGCAGUCCCAAGACAUGACCUGUCCAUCAGGUGCUGUGAGAGCAUCGUGUGAUGUCACCACUUCCAAGGCUCGACCCGGCAACACUCCUGUAACCGGCUCUAUUUCAGACGUCAUUACCGAGACCGCUCAGCGGGAAAAAUUGCUGGAGCGAAAGUCAGACGAAGAAGAGUGCGGCUCAUCCACAAGCUCCACAGAGCAUUCAGAGGGAGAUGUUGGAGAAAGAAGAGCCGAAUCCAAAGACAUGCAGGAUUUAGUCCACAUGAUGACCCAAACUUUGAGAAUGGUCGGUGGAGACGCCGCAAACGAGGUGGUCAACAGGGAAUUUGGCACCACGGCGUCACCAGAGUUCAAACUGAACAGGAAGUACAGAGACACUCUGGUGCUUCACGGGAAAAGUCGGCAGGAAGCGGAGAACCUGUCACUUGGUUCCUCAUCAGGUCCGGCCAAGAUCAGGAGGGCCAUUGAGCUCCUGAGAACUGAUGUGGUGAAGGGCCUGGGGGUCAAGUUGUUGGAUAAAGUCCUGGAAAUCAUGGAGGAGGAGGACGACAUUAAACGUGAACUGUGCCUUCGUCAGCAGAUGGGAGACGAAAAGUAUCAAUCUUAUGCUGUGAUGGUGAGACAACUGAAGUUCUUUGAGGAGAUAGCCUUCAAGGUUUAAGGAAAGAAAACAAACACUUUCCUCGUGAGAACUUUUACCAAGUCGGCAGCCCUGCUUGAAUAAACGUUGAUGCUUUUUGGUGUCGCCAUUGCACCGAUACCAUAAACAACAUAAAUUACUGUACAUGUGUUUUCAUCAGGGGUGUCCAAAGUGCGGCACGGGUGGCUGCAUGUUGUUACUGGGCCUUAUAUAUUCUAAAAAUACUGUUGAGAUAUAUUAUUAUAUUAUAUUAGAUAUGACACUAAUUUUGUUUUAUAGCCCAUGACUGUUGUAAUGCAAAAAAUACAUAAUUCUUCAAUCAUUACAUCAUGCAGCCCUGACGCCGACACAGUUUGGACACCCGUGUUUGUAUCCUCCAUUGUCGUUUAAUGAUGCCUAUGCAAAUAUUUUCAAUCACGUUAAAAGGAAUCUGUCCUUUGACUUGCUCUAGUGGAGUACUUAGAUAAGUUAUGCGAGCCAGAUUAUCACUGUAUGUUAGCAGCUGUAUUGUAUCUUUUGCAGGUACUUAUUUGUCUUUGUCUUAUACACAAAGUAAUUUAGACACCAUUUUAUAAUGGCUAUAACAUGGAAAAUAUUUCUGAUAAAUCCUUAAUCCAUAAAUAUGUUGAAUUUGUGGUUCUUGUUUCAAGUAAGUUUUCCUCU